AUGGAUCCUGGAUACAAGCUUCUCCAACACAUCAAGACUGUUCCCAACCUCAUCAAUGAGGACCCAAGCAUUGUCACUCCCAAGAACUCUAGUUUCCUCGAUUUGCCUUGGGAUGAUCUUUCUAAACUCCUUGCAUCAAGACAACAAGAAACCAAUACACACAAGCGUAGAGCAUCUAAUGCAAGCGUUGAUACUGCCUCCACCUCCUCAGAAGCCGAACUUGGUAACUGGGACUCGAUGACGGGUUAUCAAGAUGCUCUCCACCCGCGUCAACAGUAA